AUUUGAUAAAAAAUUAGCAAAAAUUCCCUAAAAACUAAAAAGAAAAAAACGAAAUUUUCAGUAGAAUUCCGAAGGGGAAAUUUUUGGUAGGACAAAAUUAUUAUAAAAUGGGAACGAUAGAAUUGAAAUAUCAUAUUUCUUACUCUCAACGUAAUAUUAAAAAACAUGGCUAUACAGCGUUUAAUAUGGAUUACAGGUGUGGCUAUUCUUGUUGCCUAUGCAGCGCCACAGGUUGACACAGAUAUAGAACUUUCUGAUGAGCUUUCAACAAAUCCACUGAAUACAGCAACUUCAAAUUGCCAAAUAAAGUCUUGUUUUACUCAAAUGAAGAAUUUUGUUUUUCGCUUAUCAGAUGAUCUUUUGAUGGAUACCUACCAUCUUUCACUGGUUCAUCGGUUAAAAUGCUUAGUGAUAGAGCAGCUGUCAGAAGUACCUACAACUAAUAUGUCAAUUUGUUCUUAUGAUACUUCAGAAAGUUUUGUUAAAAGACCAGAAUUCAAAACUCUCUCAAUCCUGCAAGCUGUCUGGAGAUAUCAACAUUUAUUUGAAAUGAUUCUCAAAGAGUUGUUUGACGUGUUAAAAAGUGAAGAUAAAACACAAGAACCAAUCUAUAACAACUUGUUACAAGUUAUUAACAGGCUUAAGCUGUUGAUCUCAAGAAUACAAAACAUAAUACAGCCAAUCUCCGAAUGUAUGUGCCAGGUUGCUGAAAAUGUUUCAGAAGUCUACAUACAAAGUUACAACAGUCUGAGAAAAAAAUACAGUCAUACAAAAAGCAUGUUUAUUAUACUUAAACAGUUGAAUAUUUUACGAAAAAUAAUUAAAGAAGACAUUUGGAAAAGACAGAAGAAAUACUCAUGUUUGCUGCAAUAAAGUUGUGAUGUAAUAUUUAUAAAAGAAUUUAUAACUAGAACUCAUAAAAUAAUUGAAAAAUGUAUUG